GGGUGAGGUGUCCAUUGUUUGGGGGUUGGGGAAAAUCCUUUCUGCCACUACCCCAUCACCCCAAAGUGGCAACGGCAGGUGUGCAUCAGUGCUACCAAGGGAUCUCCACCCCUCCUCGUCCCUAUCCCAGGCCCGUACUGCGCCCCCGCCCGCUGAUGGGACUCUGCUCUUUGCAGUCACAGCCCAGGUGGGUGCAAGUUUUCCCUCUGAGUUUGCUUUUCCCUGCCAGGAUGCACCAACCUCAGAAGAGCUGGAGCAGUUCGCCAAGGACCUUAAACACAAGCGCAUAAUGCUGGGUUUCACACAGGCUGACGUGGGGCUGGCUCUGGGCACUCUCUAUGGGAAGAUGUUCAGCCAGACUACCAUCUGCCGCUUCGAAGCGCUCCAGCUCAGCUUCAAGAACAUGUGCAAACUGAAGCCGCUGCUACAGCGUUGGCUCAAUGAAGCAGAGAACACGGACAACAUGCAGGAGAUGUGCAAUGCAGAGCAAGUGCUGGCCCAAGCCCGGAAGAGAAAACGCAGGACCAGCAUCGAGACCAAUGUGAAGGGAACGCUGGAGAGCUUCUUCCGCAAAUGUGUGAAGCCCAGUCCCCAGGAGAUCUCCCAGAUCGCUGAAGACCUGAACCUGGACAAAGAUGUUGUCCGGGUCUGGUUCUGCAACCGGCGUCAGAAAGGCAAGCGGCUGCUGCUGCCCUUUGGCAAUGAGACGGAGGGGGUGAUGUACGACAUGAACCAGUCCCUGGUGCCCCCUGGCCUGCCCAUCCCGGUGACGUCCCAGGGCUACAGUUUAGCGCCAUCCCCUCCAGUUUACAUGCCGCCCUUCCACAAGGCCGAGAUGUUCCCUCAAGCUCUGCAGCCUGGGCUCUCCAUGAACAACAGCAGCCACUGAUCCAGGGCAGGCAGAAGUGCGCCCCGACUGCAGCCUGUCUGUCCAGGGGCAGCGUCCUCCCCUUGGCCUGACAAGGCACGGGCAUGGCUCCGGCCCUGCUCCCAGGGCUUGUCUGGGCAGUGGCUGUGCUAUUUUACAGCUUCUGGGGGCCUGAGGGGCUGAGGAAGGGCCGGGAGCCAAGCAUGGGGAUGGUGCCCGCUCUCUACAGUUGCUCCCAGCCCUUCCCAGUUACAUGAGUUCGCUGGUCCCAGCAGCCCCCCUGCAUGGGGUCAGCACCCUCCUGCCUUUCGGGGGUGUGGGGAAGAGCUCCUUCACUGUUACCUGCCAAAGCCAUGCGUGCCUGGGGGCUGGGUGGAGCCGCCUGUGCCUGGCCCCUGCCAAGCUGCUCCUGUGAGAACCAGAAAAAAAGCAUUUCUAAAUUUUUUAGGGGUGUGGGGAGGAUUUUUUUUUAUGGUUUUGGCUGUAUUUCUAGUUUUUAAAAAGCAAAAUUCUUUGUAGUGAUCACUAGUUUCCCAGGUGCCUCCUCCCUGUUAUAUAGAGCAGGGCUGGGGCACUGCACACGGGGAGGGGAUGGUCCCCUUGUGGGCUCUGCCCACUGUUCUGGGUGGCUGGGGUGAGCUGAGGGCUAUUGCGUGAUGCUGUGGGGGGAGCGCUCAGCAGCCCUAGCCUCCAGCCCUGCUUGUCCUGGCAGCACAGGAGGGUCAUCCAGUUGCCUGCCCCCUGUGGCAGGCCAGCAGGGCAGGAUGGUGGGGCAAGGCCUCCCCUCCCAGCAUCACCCCAGAGCCUCUGAGCCCUCUUCACUCUCUAGCCGUUGUCUCAGCCCCUAGCUGGGCUGCCCUGGGGCUGUUCUGCAGGGGUCCCAGCCCAGGGCCCACAGUGGGGCUGAUGCCAUCCUGUCCAUGCUGCUAGCACCCCGUGCCUUUGAGCCUGCUGUAGUUGAUGAUGAUUUUUUUUUUCCUUAAUCAUAUUCCCUCUGGCAGUGAAAUAAAUCUCAGUUCUUUGGGGCAUGAGAGCUAGUCAGCUCUUUCCUUGCCUCCUUUA